ACACUACUCCUUGCCUGCUCCAUAAACCAAAAUGCCUCGCGAUCCGCUUAUCGCUCUCGUCGGCAAGCCGUCGUCUGGCAAGAGUACCACCUUGAACAGCUUGACGGAUGCCACGUCCAAAGUAGAUUCACUACCAUCGACCCCAACCGAGCCGUAGGAUACCUCCAAAUCCCGUGCGCAUGUUCAAGACCAGGAGUUCCAAACGUCGGCGACAAGCCCCUCGUUGAAAGAUGCAAACCGAACUAUGGCGUGUGUAACAAUGGAACCCGCUCUGUACCCAUCGAGCUACUCGACGUAGCUGGUCUGGUGCCUGGUGCGCACAUGGGCAAGGGUCUUGGAAACCGCUUCUUGGAUGAUUUGAGACACGCCGACGCUCUCAUUCACGUCGUCGAUGUCAGCGGCACAACCGACGCUGAAGGCAAGGCGACAAGAGGGUAUGACCCCAGUGUGGACAUUGAGUGGUUGCGCUCCGAGAUUGUUCGCUGGAUUCAAGGCAACCUCAUGGAAAAAUGGUGCGNNGGAUCUGUCAAGAGAAGACACACGGCAAUCAAGGGAAACGCAGUCGACACACUACAAGGCCAAUUCUCGGGCUACGGAUCCACAAAACAAAUUAUCGCUCGUACACUCGACAAGCUAGAACUGAAAGAGCCUUUGCAAGACUGGAGUGAUGAGACGGUCGAAAAAGUAGUCAACGCCUUCGUGGACGAAAAGUUCCCUACAGUCAUCGCCCUGAACAAGAUCGAUCAUCCCGAUGCCGACAAGAAUGUCGCAAAGAUUGCGAAGCUCAACGAUCCAAACACACUCGUUCUCUGCUCGGCCAUUAGCGAGGUCUUCUUGCGCCGCCUGGCAAAACAAGGCUUUGUCAAGUACCAAGAAGGCAGCGAGUUCGUCGACACAAAAGAAGAUCUUCUCGAAAACGGUGAGCCUGAUGGCGGUGGCUUGAAGGAGUUGGAUGAAAAGUUGCAGAACCGCAUCGAGAAUUUGCGCGAUCUGGUGCUCUACCGCUUUGGCAGCACUGGUGUAAAUCAGGUCCUUACGCGUGCAGCAGAGCUCUUGGGACUCACACCCGUCUUCCCCGUCAGAAACAUCUCGACAUUUUCGUCUGGUGAUGGACGUGAAGGCGGUGUGUUUAGAGAUUGCGUUCUGGUCAAGAAGAACUCGACGGUUGGAGAUGUAUAUCGCAAGAUCAUGGGCGAUGCGCCAUUAGCCUAUGUGGAAACAGUAGGAGGACAGAGAGUGGCUGAAGAUGAUCCUGUGUCAGUAGGCAAGAACGACAUUCUGUCGUUCAAGGUCGGAAGAGGUUGA